AAACAUUACAACUCAUGGCGGUCGUUAGAUAAUGCUCUCCUGGCUUAGCUCGGCCUUCAUGUCUUGCUGACUCGAUACGGCAACUCUUUGCAUACGACGUACUUUUUGGCUGGCAAUUUCAGAUUGUGGGAGUGGUUUGGGGCUAAGGCCUUGCACUUCAACUUAGGAGUGCGAGUGUUUCCUCUCACUCAUAUGGGAUUUUCAAUAUUGGGAGGGGGCUUCUCAGUGAAAACUAUUGUGCCCGAGACCUCGGAACUCAUGAUGGCAAGUCAACGAGGCGAUGUCUCGGCUGUGAGAGCGCUGUUUGUCUCUCAAAGAGCUAGCCCGUACGACGUAACGCCAUCAAAUUGCGGUCCAUUGCGUGUGAGUAACGAAGGUGUCCAGGAAUGGCCCAUCGGCCAUCGACGGACACAGACUUACAUGAUGACAGUUUGCUAUCGAGAGCGGUUCCUUGGAGUUGGUACAAUUUUUGUGCCACAAUGGAGCUGAUGUCAACACCACGUUUGGGACGUUUGAGAUGAGUCCAUUAGAG